AUGAGCAGUGGAGAGUGGUUCUGGAAUUACCGCAUUCGGAAGUGUGUUGGCGCUGGCGACGUUGGCGACGGCGGCGAGGUGCAAUUGCGGUAUAACUGCGUUGCCAGCGCUUGGAGCAGGGCAGCCAGCGAAUGCGGUAAUUUUGGCUCUAAAAUGUGGUAUUUUCCUGGGCGAGGAGCAACAGCCGACUUUGAGAACAGAGCCUUCAGGCCCUACGUAGCUUAUGCCGAGUAUGGGCAUGAGCCUACGCCGUCCCCCCAUCCUUCAGACGGGACCCUUAGCGAUACCGGCGACGAAGAGUCUGCAGGCGAUGAGGAUGACGAGAGAGGUCGUCCGAGGAUGGGGUUUACCAAGAAUACUCUCAAGGAUUACGGCCUAAUUAUUGGCGGUGGCCAACCAAUUCUACAAGGCGACCCGUCGAAUACAGAUAUUCUUCAGGAGUUUGCUCGGGUGCAGGAUCAGAACGACUACAACAAUUUUAAAAACGAAGCUGAAAUUCUUAAGUAUACAGGAGUGAAACAAGACGAAAAUAUUAUGGCUUCUAUUACAAACCACUCGACUGUUAGGGUCGUCUGUCUGUAA